UUCUUUCACCCGCUGAGCUGAUGUGGUACAGAGCUGUGAGCUACGAGUCCAGGAGCUUGUACCACGGAAGGGUCAGUUGUAGUUGAUGUUUUGUUGAAUCAUGCCUUAUUACCAGACCUGGGAGGAGUUCGCUCGUGCGGCAGAAAAACUCUAUCUGACGGAUCCAAUGAAGGUCCGAGUUGUGCUGAAAUAUCGUCACUGUGAUGGAAAUCUCUGUAUGAAGGUCACCGAUAAUGCUGUGUGUUUGCAGUACAAGACUGACCAGGCACAGGACGUGAAAAAGAUUGAGAAGCUGCAUGGAAAACUGAUGAGGCUAAUGGUGUCCAAGGAGUCCCACAGUGGAGCGAUGGAGACAGACUGAGGGACAGUGAUGGACACUGGGGCAGCGAUGGACUGUUUCUGCUCUUAUCACUGAAGAGCCUGGAGCUAAUGAUUCUGUGUGCAGAGAGCUGAAAGCUUUAGGAGUAAAAUCUAUGGCCGUAAUCACACAGGAAUUGUCCCAAAAGAGCUGAUAUUUAUUCUCAAUUUUAACAUGGACAUCCAUGUUACUUUAUGAUCAGUUUUCUGUAUAUAACAUGCUUUUUUUUUUUUUUGAGUCCAACAUGAAAGCAGACAUUUACCUGCACAUUGAUGCCAUUAAUGUCUUCUCUGAGCACAAAAUCUCUUCUGUAAUAACAGUGAAUUGAAACAACUCUUUCUUUUUGGUGAACAUCUCUUUUUUAAGCAUCCAAAAUCAUCUUUAGAGAUAAAAUCUUUGUUUAUGGUGCAAUUUUGAGUUUUGUUUUUGAUACUUUUUUUUGAGUUUACCAUAAAUAAAUUUUUAUGAACAGUGAAA